GGCUGGGCGGGAUUGCUGGGGGCGGGGGGAGGCAAAAGAGUCCCGAGGCUUCGGCCUGCACCUCCCUCGACUGUCAAGCAUUUGAUUUCAUUGUUCCGGGCUGAUGUCACUCCCAGUUGUCACAGACGCUUCUCCGGGUGACAAUGUGGGACUAGGAGGCACAAAGGAGCCCUCCGGACAUACCCCAAAGAUUUGGCGCCUUCAGCACUUUCCAAACCCUGGGUGUUAGUUCCCUUAGGAGCAGAUCCAUGCAUUCCUAUACCAUGGCAUCACCAGAUAGGAUGAGUGGCUCGGAUAACGGCCUGGAUGAAACGGAACUCAGCAUCACCCUCACCCUCAGAAUGCUCAUGCAUGGGAAGGAAGUUGGCAGUAUCAUAGGCAAGAAAGGAGAGACUGUGAAGCGGAUACGGGAACAAAGUACAGCCCGGAUCACCAUUUCGGAAGGAUCUUGUCCAGAGCGGAUUACCACUAUUACAGGAUCUACUGAUGCUGUCUUCAGAGCUGUUUCCAUGAUUGCCUUUAAGCUGGAAGAGGACCUGGGAACUGGAGUUACCAAUGGAGGAACUACCUCCAAGCCACCUGUAACACUGAGGCUAGUCAUCCCAGCUAGCCAAUGUGGCUCGCUCAUUGGCAAAGCAGGAGCCAAAAUAAAGGAGAUUCGAGAGACUACAGGAGCACAAGUCCAGGUGGCUGGAGACCUUCUCCCCAACUCCACGGAAAGGGCUGUGACCGUCUCUGGAGUACCAGAUGCCAUCAUCCAGUGUGUGCGACAGAUCUGUGCCGUUAUCCUGGAGUCACCACCAAAAGGUGCCACUAUUCCCUACCAUCCCAGCCUGUCUUUGGGAUCGGUUCUCCUCUCAGCCAAUCAGGGGUUCUCCUUGCAAGGACAGUACAGUGGUAUGUCUCAAGCAGAGGUGACAAAGUUGCAGCAGCUUUCCGGACACCCCGUCUCAUUUUCUUCCUUGGGACAAACUCCAUCUAUUGUAGCAGGCCUAGACUCAAACUCUCAGAAUAGCUCUCAGGAGUUCCUGGUUCCCAACGAUCUGAUUGGCUGCAUCAUUGGCCGCCAGGGCAGCAAGAUCAGUGAGAUCCGGCAGAUGUCCGGGGCGCAUAUCAAGAUCGGGAAUCAGACAGAGGGUUCUGCUGAACGUCAUGUGACUAUCACAGGCACCCCAGUCAGCAUUACUUUGGCUCAGUACCUCAUCACAGCCUGUUUAGAGACGGCCAAAUCUACCUCCCAGACGCCCCCCGUUGACCUCGGCAUGACUUUCUCCCAGCCCCUCACCCCUUCGCCAGCCCCAACGCUGACAGCAGUGGCCGCGCCUCCCCCAGCCUUGCUUGGUGCUCCCUAUGCCAUCUCCCUCUCCAACUUCAUCGGCUUGAAACCCGUCCCCUUCUUGACGCUGCCCCCUUCCUCAGCCGCGGGGCACAAUGGCAGCCUUGCCACCUACACGACCAAGAUCUCCACAGCCAAUGCCAGCAAGAAGGCUGAGAGACAGAAGUUCUCCCCAUACUGAAAUGGGAAGGUGGGCUGUGGGGCAAGGGCGGGGGACCUUGGGGGACCCUCCUGUGCUUUGUUAGAUGGCAUCAGCAUCCGGCCACUCCAAAGCGAGACUCCAUGGGGGAAGACUAAGCAAGAUGUGAGGGAGAAGACAAAUGUAUAGGGAAGUAAGGGGAUGGGAGAAGUAUAAUCUAGACAGCUAUUGAGAGCAGUGCUGCCUGCCCAUGAGUCAGCCAGAGAAUUGGCUCUUCUGCAGAUCCUGGCUGAUCCUGGCUGAAAUGUCUCCACUGAGCAAGACCAUUUGAGCCUCACGGUUUUAACUCUGUCGAACAAUCUCUAUCCCACACUUGGAAGUGUUAUUUUUCUUUACCUUCCAUAAACCUAUCUGAUCUCCUUCAGGAAAGAGCUUUUCUCUAUCUGAUUUCCUGACUUUUUAAUUUUUUUUUAGGAAAGCAUGUUGCUUAAGAAAAAUUUGAAAAAUAAAAAAGCCCCACAAAUUCUUUUGUAGUAUACUGAAAGAGCUGGAGGUCUUGGGAAAGGUCUCAUCUCGGUUGGGGCAGUAGAUGGAGCUUGCUAGAUCUGUGGUGAUGAUAGUAGAGAAUAUGCUGUAUGCUGCUAUGGGUGCUUCAAGACGACGUUUUAUUGUGUCAUCACCCUGCCUUUUUCAUGGAAUUUUAUGGGGCUCCAGACAUUGUCAUCUGCUCGUAGCCCUCCCAUUCCCCCCCAUCACUUCUUCCAUCUUUUUUUCUUACCAUAGAAAAUCCGUUAAGGGGGUGGGGUGGGGAGUCAGAAUAGCUGCACAAUGCCUUCUCGUUUGGUAGUGCUAGGAGCUCUCCAUCUGGGAGCACCCUUGGAUUGCAUUUUCAAGGGCAGAACUAGAAAGCGUUCUGAUUUAUAGAGAACUGGAAGGUAUGUAGGGUGUAGAUAUGUCAGAACAUACCAAGAAGGAAAGACUUUUGGUACUCUCUCUCUCUCUAGCACUUUUCUCCUAAUAUGAAGCCAGCCAUGUAUCUCGUUACAGCUAAAUAGGAAUAUGAAAAGAAAGCUUUUCAGGACUCUUCAGACUUACCCUCAACAUCAUACAGGAUCCUGGACUUUUGCUUCCUCCUACAAGUCUGCUAGAAUAAAAAGGGGUUGAAAGGGAUCAGAUGCCCCUCUCUAGGUGACAGGAACUGGCACAGCAAACGUGGAUGGAUAGUUGGCUUUCCUCACUGAAAAACUGAACAAUGACUAAUCACAAAUAGUCCUGCUCUGUUCCUGGAUUAGAACUUCCAGUCUCAGCUGGUCAGCUAAUAAGUGGGUGACAUCUUACCCCCAUGUUUUACUUUAUGGCAAAUAACUCAGGAAAUCUACCCUUGGCAGGACGUGUAAUAACUUGUCACGCCAAUAAAGCAUCUUUGAAUUUUAUCUCAAGGGAUGGUGUCUCCAGUAAGUGCUUACUAAUUUUGCUCUCAUCCCUUACAGUGCAAUGUUAAGCAUGCUUACUCAGAAGUAAGUCCCACUGUGUUCAAUGAGACUUACUCCCCAUGAACAUAGGAAGCUGCCUUAUACUGCAUCAGACCAUUGGUUCAUCUAGCUCCAUAUUGUCUACAUUGGCUGGCAGAAGCCCUUUGGGGUUUAAGGCAGAGGUCUUUACCAGACUUACCUGGAGAUGCUGGGGACUGAACCUGGGACCUUCUGUUUGCAAAUCAUGUGCUCAUUACUGAGUUACGGCCCUUGCCCAGAAGGGAACUCCCUGGUAAGUAAAUAUACCACUGCAGAUGUAGUGAUUUACUAAAUGCUGCUACAUAUUUUCUGAAAAGGUUCCCCAUUAUCAGCCCUUCUCCCUGUGUCAUUAUCAUUAGAAGAACUCCAUCUAAGUGAAGAGGUGGCACCCGGAGACCUCCAGCUGAAGCACAUUCCCAUCUCUAUGACUUCUGAUUAAAGUUGCUGACAAGUAUAUCUGACACUUGUAAUCUACACAGGCUGUCAUCCCAAUAGCAUAUAAUUCACAUUGCUGCACUCAGUAAUCACCCCAAUGAAUUAAAUAUAGCAUAUAGCCAAGGACCCCAUAGCUAAUUUCUUAGCAAAUCAGUGUACCGUCACCAAAGUGGGUCAGAUUACUGGCUGAUGUAAAUUGGCAUGUUGUAUUUCUUCAGUCAAACAGCCGUUCAUUGCAAAGUCUUAUCUUUAUAAGUCAUUGAAUGGAAUGUGGCUGUUGAAUGAAGCAGGAGAAAACUGGUAAACAAACAAACAAAAAGCCAGCCUUGAACCUGCCCUUUGCCUUCCCCUCCUGUUGAAACCAUAAGCAAACCAUAACCAGGGCGGAGUUCUGUGUCUGCGUCAAAACAAAACAAGUUAAAAUUUUGCAUGCAGUAAACCCAGGUCCUGUGGCAUGAAAAGCUCAUUUCUAGGACCUGUAUAAAUUAUACAAAUAAUGGUAUAAUUUAUACAGGUCUCCUAUUCUGCAGAAUGCAUUUUUCUUUCUCUGCCCCCUCCCCCCAUUAUACUGGAUUCGCUAGUCAUGGCAGAAGCAAACCACCAAGACAAGUCCCACCACAGUCACUGGGAAUCUUGUUCCGCUGCCUCUCCUAAAAGGUCAGCAGGCACAGCUCACUCAGUUUCAUACCUAUCUUUGCAGCACAUCCUAUGCUUUUUCCUUUGGGAAUUACAUGUUACACACAGCCCUGUUUACAUUGAGCUUAUACAAUUGGGUUACUACAUCAAAACUGUCAGAGGAAAAGAUCCACUAGGCUGGAAAAUGGGGCAAAGAGUAGGGUUCAUUGGGCUUAGCAAUACCGGUGUGAGAGGCAGUGGCAUCUCUACUAAUGGGUUUGCCUCCAUUACAAAUGGAAUUAGUGGCAUUGAGUAGCCCCCCUUGCAGCCCGAGGACUGACGAAAUAGUAUAGAUUUGUAUAACUAAUGAGUCAAAUUUUCAGACAGUGUUGCUCGGUAUUUUGAUUGCACCAGAAAGGGAUGGAGCCAAAAUAACUCCUACUCCUACAAUUCAACCCAACCAGUUGUCCAUUUGGCAUUGUACCCUGGCUGGUACAAAUCUCUAAUUCUUCUCCAUCACUUGCUGGCAAAAGCUCCCAUCUUUUCUUGCUGUUCUAAGGAACUUCCCUAUUCUUACCCCAUGAUCCUCUUUGGCUUGUCUUUGAAAAUGCUGUACAUAUAAUUCUAUAUUUUUUCUCCUUUGUAACUUAUCAUUGAUUUAAUAAAAAAGCAAACUUUGUCAA